AUGAGUGAGAGAGAGAAAGGUGAUCAUGGGAAGAAUCCUGGCAAAUCAAGUGAAGAACUUGACAUUCUUCAAAGAAGUAAUAAGAGGAAUAAAGGUGAGGGAGAUCAGUUUUCAAAUGAUGUAUCUAUGAUACCUAGACAUGAAGGUUGGAUGGAAGAUGAGAAUGGCCAACGUUCAACCUGGAGGGAAAUUCUGAUGCGUCAUAAUGGAGAAGAUGAUGAAUGGGAAAGAGAGGCGUCUGCCGAGGAAGACUUAGAUGGGGAGGAACCUGCUGAGGAAGAGGAUGUCAACCAUGGAGGAAUUAAGAUGUGGGAGGAAGAUGAUGGGCGUACUUAUUUUAGUUGCACCAAAAGAGCAAGGAAGAGAAUGAGGAAACCUUGGGAGAAAGCUCUGAUUGUUAAACUCCUUGGGAAGAAAAUUGGGGUGGAGUUUAUGAAGAAAAAAAUAAAUGUCUUAUGGGCUAGAAAAGGCAAAAUCAAUGUCACUGAUAUUGGUAAUGACUUUUUCGUAGUCCAGUUUAGUGAGAAGGAUGAUCUCAAUUUUGCGUUGAACGGUGGUCCAUGGAUUGUUUUGGGUCAUUAUUUAUCGUUGAGGAAGUGGGAACCAACUUUCAGACCUAAUAGUGCUGGAAUUGCUAAGAUUGCUGCUUGGAUUCGUCUACCGGAUAUUCCCAUUGAAUUCUAUGAUGAAGCUUUUUUUAGAAGGAUUGGAAACUGGUUAGGCAAGAUGAUCAAGGUAGACAGCAAUACAAAUGCUCAUGUAAGAGGACAGUUUGCAAGAAUAUGUGUGGAACUGGACCUAUCUCAGCCAUUAAAGGGUGAUUAUGUGCUGGAAGGAUUUACCAAACAAAUUGAGUAUGAAGGAUUAGGGCUCAUUUGUUUUGGUUGUGGGAAAUAUGGACAUAGCACCGAGAAUUGUUCAGCUGCUCCAAAGCAACGCAGUUCAUCCGAUAUUCAUAAUGACGAUCAAAUUCAUCAAGAGGAACCUGGCAACUCAGAAUUCCAUCGAAGCAAAGGAUUGGGACCUUGGAUGGUUGUUAACCGUCAACGCAGGAGCCGGCAACCUCCUCAGACGGCCGCUGGACCUAUUAAUGAGGAGGAUCAUAAUCAAAUAAUUAAUUCUGUUACUCCUCAUAUGGGGGCCCCUCAGUUUGAAAUUCCUCAGAAAAUAUGGACUAAAUCCAAAAAGUCCAAAGAUACCCCUAGGACUAAAUCAACGGUUCCUACUAUGCAUGCGGCUCAUUCUUCAAGCACGGGUAAGAGGUGUCCAGUCCAGAGUGAAAAUCGUGAAGAUCAUACUCCCGUUCCACCAUCUCCAUCAAUUGCUACUCCCAUGGCGGUUAGUCCUAUGCAAGCAAAUCAACAUGAUCAGGAAAAUGGGAUGAAAGCAGAUAGCACUUUGAACCAGAAUCAAGAGCAGUUAUAUGACACAUUUCAUAAAACUGGUCCUGAUAUAUCAGUUGACAACAGCAGCGACAUCCAAAAUCCUAAAACCUCAACCAUCUCUACGUGCAUGGAGGUGGACAGAGUUCACCAGGAAGAUAUUUCAAGAAUGAAGGAUGCAAGAACCUUGGAGGGAGCAGUGAAACCCCAGUUUCAAAAAUCGCUUUUUCUGUUUACUAGGAAAUAUAAGCCUAGUAUUGUAGUGAUUCUAGAACCUCGGUGUAGUGGUCAAAAAGCUUCUGACAUUAUCCGAAAAUCUGGGUUUAAGCAUGCUUUUGUUCAAGAGGCAGAAGGUUACUCAGGGGGUAUUUGGAUCCUCUGGAAUGAUGAGACUGGUCUCGUUGAAAUUCUGCUGGAUCUUGGAGGAUCAGGUCCUUGGUUUACAUGGAAGGGUCCGAAGUUUCUUCAUCUUGAUCGUGUUUUUAAGAGGCUGGACCGAGCCUGUGCUAAUGCAAGUUGGAAGACUACCUUUACUGAUGCUGGCGUUAAGGUACUUCCACGGAUUUAUUCUGAUCAUAGUCCCAUUUUGGUCUACUUGUCUAACUUGGACACAGGUUGGAAAAAUCGUCCCUUUCGCUUUGAGAUUGCUUGGAUGGAGCAUUAUAACUUUACUCAGUUUCUGGCUAGGAGCUGGAAUGUUGUGAAAGACACUAGAACGAAUCUGCAUGAUCUGACUCCAAAUUUAAAAAGAUGGAACAAGAUAGUCUUUGGCAACAUUUUCAAUAGGAAGACUAACCUAUUGCAUAGUAUUGCAGAAAUUCAGAAUCAUGUUGAUUAUCAUACCAACUUAUCUCUCCAAUCUAGAGAAAAGGAGGUUAGGAAGGACCUUGAUGCGGUUCUCAUACAAGAAGAGAUCUUAUGGUUUCAAAAAGCCAGGGAGGUGGUCUUGAAAUAUCUUGAUGUGUGGAAAACUUCUUAUUGGUCAACAACGACAAUUCUUUACCAAAUGAUGGUAGCUCAGUUGGAGCCAGGAAAUUAA